GGCAGGGCCUGGACCGGGCCUGACCUUGACUGUGCCUUGCUGCUGGCUCCUCCGCGGCCAUGGGGACCCUGGAGACCCUUUUCCUGCUCAGCGCCCUGCUCCUGUCACCUGCCGAGGCUCAGGAGGCCGCGCAGGGUCACCUGAAGCCCUGGCUGGUGGGCCUGGCAGCCGUCGUGGGAUUCCUGUUUAUCGUCUUCCUCCUCAUGCUGGCCAACCGCAUCUGGUGCUCCAAAGUGAGGGAUGAGGAUGAGGGGGAGCCCAGGUUCAGAAUAGAGACCAACCAGGAUGUGGACCUGAGUGAAAGAGACAAGAGGAAGAAGAAAGACGAGAUACAGGAGGAGAAGGAGAAGAGGGCUGAGAAGGAAGGAGAGAGAAACUUGGGGCUGGAGCUGGAGGAGAAGGAGGAGCCCGGAGAUGAUGAGACAGUCAGGAACACAGCCAUGUGAAGACUCGCCACACACUUCUUCCAGGCAGCCCCCCAGAGGUACCCCUUCCACACCAUACAAGCAAUGACCUGGAUGUGAAGCCACCCCGACAUCCCACGUGGAGU